AUGGUGUCAAAAUCAAACAAAAUGAACAAGCAUAUUUGUCUGUAUGCCCUACUAGGACUGUUUGCAGGUGUUAUUUUCAGCUCUUGCUUGCAUGGGUCUCAAAUGAAUUUGGAGGAGCAACUUAAUAGAGCCCCUCUUCUUACACAGAGUUUUGUUCAAUUGCAAGGCACCGUGGCUAGAAGGAUACAAGAUGGCUCCAUCACUCUCACAGUUAAAUUCCUCCAUUUCUUCAUUGCAAGGUUUCUACAGUUCCGACAUUCAUCCCCCGUGCAGCCACCACCUUAUUCUACAUCGAUGCUAUUCUGGGUAGCAGUUACUCGAUCAGUUUCUUCCACGUCCGACCUCUCGUUGUAA